ACCUCCAACAAAUCUCCACCUGAACCUUCUUCCUCCUGGAGCCGCGCACAUUAACCCCCGAUCGAACCCCACGUAUCAGCGCAGUGCCCAGCAUUUGCUAGUACUCCAGCUAACAGCAGACAAUUCAUUGAGGUCUUAGGUCCAGCAUAGCAGAGUCACUCCCGGCCAUGGGAGAGACCAAGGAGGAGGAGAAGAAGUUCGAGCUGAAGACGGCCGUGUACAAGGUGCACGUCCACUGCGGGCAGUGCGCGCGCGACAUCGAGACACAGUUCACCGAGUUCCACGGUGUUCAGGAGGUGAAAUUGGACGCCGGGUCAGGGAAGGUGACGGUGAGGGGCGUCGGGUUCGACGUCGAGAAGCUCAGGGUGAAAGUCUCGGACGGCUGCCGGAAACAUGUUGAGUUCAUUCCUCCCCCAGAAGAUUUGAUCACCGAGAUCAAGACCAAGGAGGAGGAGCUGACGAUCAUCACUCUAAAGGUUGGAUUGCAUUGCCCUGACUGCGCAGUCAGGGUCAGAGAGAUCCUACUUGAGCACACGAGUAUUUACGCCGCGAAGACCGACUUCGGCAAGAGCUCGUGCGUCGUCGAGGGCGUCAUCGAGGAGACCAAGCUCACCGAGUACAUCUACCAGCGGACGCGCAAGCACUGCACCAUCGAGAAAGUGGAGAAGACGGUGAGGAUCAUAGAGGAGAAGGUCGAAGUGAAGAAGGAGGAUAAGGUGGAGGAGGUCGUGGAAGUGGUCGAGGAGGUCAUCGAGGAGAAGAUCAAGGAGGUAGUUGCCCCCUACUUCAUCCCCUGCACGCACCCGCACUUCAUCGACUACUCGCACCCUUCCUACCGCGGCGGCGGCUGCGGACGCCGGCGCUCCCCGUGCGGCGGUGGCGGUUACGGUUAUGGUUACGGUGGUGGUGGAUAUGGCUAUGGUUGCGAUGACGGCUUUGGUGACGGCUAUGGAUCGUACACGCACUCUGAGCUCAGCGGGUACCAGGAGACAUCCUUCUUGCAUUGCUCGCACCCUGUUGAUUUCCUCAGCUACGAGGACCCGAAUGCAUGCUCCGUGAUGUAGAAUCUUUGUAUUUUGUAGCUAGGCAAAUUUACGGCGAAUACUGUUGAAGUUUUAAAUAAGAACAGUAGUACUAAUUAAGUACGUAACGUUUUUACGUGCUUGAGUUCAGAUUUUAUAAUGGUUGCCUUGUAGACCGGUACUUCAAAUGCAACGAAUCUGAAGUCGAAUGUAUAGUGUACAACCUACACCUACAAGAACACCUUGACCAAAUGUCACGAGGAACCAAGGGAUCACGCCAUCACGGAAUGCUUGAAG